UUGGAGCGACUCGGCGGAUCGAGUUGGACGCAGUUGGAGCUCAAGGCGCGUUUAAAAAGCGCACCUCGCAGCGCAGUUGGAGCAAAGCAGCGCGCAGCGACUCAGAGCAAGGAGCAAAAGUCAGGCUGAAAUGUUUUAGUUCUGAUUGCGACUUCGCAGCUUCCUUGUUUUCUGUUCUUUUUUUUUUCUUUUUGCCUAAAAAAAAAUGUAACAGUUUAUUAUAGUUUGCUUCCACUUUUAAAUAGAAUUGAUUAAACAGUGAGAAGAGAAAAGCGGCGACACAGUUUCCGGUGAAAAGGAUUUCUUUCUGAAGGAUUUUAUAUUACAAGAGGGAUCAGCCUCUGUUUGAGACAGCAGAAACAGGCAGUGAUUCAAACAGAUGUGCAACCACAUAUGGGAAAAAAAAAGCUGCACCCGUCUUCUGUCAGCUUGCACACCAUUAUUUCCCUCCAUCUUUGAAGCACAACAUUCAAACGAGAGUAAAUCUGGCUGAAACAGAAGGCUCCAAGCUUGUUUCCAAACUCCUCAUAAAGUUCAUGGGUUGACCUGCAAGCGCUUCCAACACACCUCCUCUGCAUCCUCUGCUCUAUCCCUCCUCACUUCCCGCCAUCUCCAUCUGUUUAUGCCACCUCUGACAUGAUGACUUGUUGUGCUUCGGACUUGUCCGGAUGUGUAAUCGCAACGUCACACUCUACAUCUCAGACUUUUGGAUAUAUCAGCCAGUAGAGUGAAAGAUACAGAGAGAGACUGGGGGAGGGACAGGCAUACAGGAGAGGGAGGAGAGCAGUGCUACGUUUUGAGAAGAGGGUCCAUCAGUACCUGCAGCAGAGGGAUCACCUGCCCUACAGAGGAAGGGGGAACCCCACCCCCUUACCUGUUCCAUCUGGUUGCAAGGGGGGGCCUUGCACAGCCUGGAAGGCAGCAGGGACUAUGCAGCUGGGACUGGUGGCGCUGGCAAUGAUCAUUCUCAGCUCCAUGGGUCAGAGCGACGUUCUCAAGCUCUCCAAGGCGAGAAGGCAGAGACGAGUUAGCACUGAGGGACCACCAUCCUGCCCCAAAGGCUGUGACAAAUGUUCUGAGUACAAUGGCUGCAUUAAAUGCAAUCCAAAGCUCUUCAUCUUCUUGGAGCGCAAUGACAUCCGUCAGAUAGGGGUUUGCCUCCCCUCCUGUCCGGUGGGUUACUUUGGAAUGAGGAACCCAGAAGGCCACAACCGAUGCACACAGUGUAAAAUAGAAAAUUGUGAAGCAUGUUUCAGUCGCAACUUUUGCACAAAAUGUAAGGAGGGUUUGUAUUCGCACAGUGGCCGAUGUUAUGUCCGCUGCCCUCCAGGCAAGCACACUGCCAAUAACACCAUGGAUUGUGAGGGUCAUCAUGCUUCAGAAUGUGAACUAGGAGAGUGGAGCCAAUGGAGUUCCUGCAUGAAGAAGAACAAGACUUGUGGAUUUAAGAAAGGCUCACAAACCCGGGUUCGUUUACCCCUUCCCCAGAUUCACAGUGUGGAAACCUCCCCUGCAUUUGUGCCCUCACAGACCUGUGCUCCAAGUACAGAAAGGAGGAAGUGUACGGUGACCAAGACGCCUUGUGCAAGAGAUAAAAAGAAUAAGGGCAGCAGACAGGGUGAUACAAACAAGAGGGAACAUGCACGUGGCAGAGGACGAGAAGGAAAAGGAGGAGGUGGAGGUGGGAAGCGAAGGAAAGUCCAGAGCAGGAGCACCACCGCUCCCACCGUCACAACCAGUGCUGUCACCUAAACUCUGAGGCCUGCUGGGUGAGGCUGGGAGAAAAACUGAGGCAGUGCCUCACCCAGCAGAGCCAAAAAACAAAAAAAGAAAUGAAUGCAGAGAGAGAAAGUUACUGCUGCUAUGCUGCAUUGUAGAAGAUGCAAUGAGAACUGGAGGACUGCUUCGACUGAAAGGUCUUUUGAAGCUUUUGGGAAAAAAAAAAAAGAUAUCCUGAGGAUCUUGUUUUAUUGUAACAGCCUUGCUGUUAUCAAGGUGAAUUUACAGUUGGAAAGCAAAGCAACAUUGCAAAAAUGUGUUUGAUUUUAUCUGUAUCAUGGACAGAGUAUUCAAAAAAUUGGAUAGACAGUAAUUUUCAAAAUGCAGCAGUAAGCAGGAAGGUCAAUUCUUCUACAGAGAUUUAGCAAAGGAUUUUUAGGCCAAUUUCAGCCUGUUUUUUUAUCACAUUUGUAUUUCAUCUGUUUUUUGUCGUUGAAAAGUGGCAGAGGGAGCUUCUCAAAGUCAGUGUGCAUGAUGUGAAGACAAUGAAAUAGUAAUAAGAUGUGGAACCAUUUUUUAUUGGGAGUUCAAAAGAAAAACAAAAUCACUGGAAAGGAUUCUUGGCUGCUGAGAGUGAGAAGACUUUGGUUAAUAAAUUUGAGGGCGUCUGGUACAAAACAAGAUGAAAAUAAUCAAUCAUAUUCUUCAUAUCCAUUUAUGUCUGUGGUUUCCAAAAAAUACAGCAUCAUUGCUUUCUGAUUGUGUAAAAUCAAAUAUUUUACCUGAAAAAAGAAUAUCCGCACAAAAAAAUAUAUUUGCAUGAUACUAAGUUGCAUUUCUUUGCAUUUAAAUCGACCUGAAGUAUUUGGUGUUUUCGUACUUUAUAUGCAUAUCUGCACGGAUUUAAGUGUUCAACAGAUCUUUGCUGUGUGUACAUGAGUAGUCAACGUUUGCACAUAUAGUUAGCCUUAGCCUUAUUACUCGUCUCAUAGACUGAAGGAACCAAGUCUGGGAAAAAUGGAAGGACAUGUAAAUGCACAUUAAUAUAUAUAUAAACCACACAAUAACCGUCCAAUGCGCUAACCAGCGUGUUUGCAGUAUGGUCUGAGGAUAUGGGAUUUUGCACAACUGUAUUGUUUUCCUACUGCUCGUAUUUUUGAACUAUCACAACAUUUUUCAACAUUUUUUAAUAACUUGCUUUACAAUGCAUACAAGGAGAGCCUUUUGUCUUUAAAGUAAGAUAUCUGUAGAUGUAUGUUAGGCUAUCUAUAGAUGUUACAUGGUACUUUAUUCAUCUUUUAAUACUAUGGAUUGUGAAACAUAAUAUGUCAAGAUGUGUUUACCAGUAUUAGUAUCAACAUGUAUAGCUUUUUUUCCUGUGAAAGCCUAAAUAAUAAAACAAGAA